UGUUCUGAAAAGGGGGGAAAACAUCUUUAAACCUGUAAAUUCUUUAGCAAAGUAAAAAUGUUGGGUUUUCCAAAUCCCUGUCUUGUUUUCAUUCACGUUGUUUUGCUUUCUUUACUGCCAUUGGAGACCACAUGUUCUGCAAGAACACAAGCGGAGGCACUUGUCCGAUGGAAGAACACUUUGUCCUCUUCGCCACCUUCGCUCGAUUCAUGGUCGUUGUCCAAUUUGAACAACCUCUGCAACUGGACUUCCAUUACCUGCGAUGAUGGAACUUCAACUGUCUCACAAAUUGAUCUCUCAAAUUCAGACGUGUCUGGGUCCAUUUCUCAGUUCAACUUCACCCCGUUCGUCAAUCUCACGCGUUUCGACAUCAAAAACAACACCAUGGAUGGUCCGAUACCGUCUUCGAUAGGUACUCUGUCGAAGCUGGUUGUGUUGGAUUUGAGCAACAAUUCUUUUCAAGGCGAGAUACCGGUGGAGAUCGGUCGGUUAACGGAGCUUCGAUAUCUGAGUUUAUUCAACAACAAUCUCAGUGGAACAAUUCCUCCUGAAGUUAGCAAUCUCCAAAAUGUAAGACAUCUCGACCUCGGAUUUAACUACUUUGUUUCUUCGGAUUGGUCUGGUUUCUUGUCCAUGCCAUCGUUGACACACCUCAGCUUAGCUUACAAUGAACUUGAACUGGAAUUCCCUAGCUUUAUACUUAACUUCCAUAAUCUUAGUUUCCUAGAUUUGUCAUUGAAUAAGUUGACUGGUCCGAUACCAGAAUCACUUUUCACCAAUCUCACCGAGCUUGUGUCGCUCAAUCUCACUGGUAAUGCCUUUGAGGGGCCAUUGUCUUCCAAUAUUUCUAAGCUUUCAAAACUGGUUCAUCUUCAUCUAGCUACUAAUAUGUUAAAUGGUUCGAUUCCUGAGAGUAUAGGAACCUUGCCUGAGCUUGAAACCAUUGAGCUGUUUGAAAAUAUUUUUAAAGGGGAGAUUCCAUCUUCUUUAGGCCAAUUGAGAAAUCUCAAAAGAUUUGAUCUUCAUUCCAUUGGCUUAAAUUCCACCGUCCCAUCCGAGCUUGGUUCAUGUACUAACCUCACCUUUUUGGCCUUAGCUGGGAACCGACUCAGUGGGGAGUUGCCCUUGUCCUUGUCACAGCUCACAGAACUAACCGAGUUGGGUUUAUCUGAUAAUUUGUUCUCCGGUAAGAUCCAAUCAUCUCUAGUUUCUAAUUGGACCAACUUGGUCAGUUUGCAACUUCAAAACAAUAAUUUAACCGGGAAGAUUCCACCAGAAAUCGGUCUAUUAACAAAGCUCCAAGUCCUCUUUCUCUAUAACAACCAACUCUCCGGUUCAAUUCCAUCGGAGAUCGGAAACUUGAAGUCCCUGAAUAUUUUAGACCUUUCCGGGAAUCAUCUUUCGGGUCCAAUUCCUCCGACGAUAUGGACUCUUUCCAACCUUGAAGCAUUACAGCUUUUCUACAAUAAUCUCAGUGGCACAAUUCCACCAGAGAUUGGAAACAUGACAUCCCUGCAGUCUUUUGAUGUCAAUACAAACUCCUUGCACGGAGAACUACCCGACACUAUUUCCAACCUCGUCAACUUAGAAGCAUUCUCGGUGUUCACCAAUAAUUUCUCGGGUACUAUUCCUCCGGAUUUCGGGAAGAACAGUCCUGUGUUGGAUUAUGUGAGCUUAUCCAACAACAGCUUUUUCGGGGAAUUACCUCCUGAAUUGUGCAGUGGUUUUGCUCUUCGAAACUUCACAGUAAAUGGAAACACCUUCACCGGGUCGUUACCGGCUUGCUUGAGGAACUGUACGAUGUUAAGAAGAGUCCGGCUUGAUGGGAACCGAUUUACGGGUAACAUCUCCAAUGCAUUUGGAGUUCAUGCGGAGCUGGACUAUAUUUCUCUUAGUGACAAUCAGUUCACUGGUGAAAUCUCGCAAGAGUGGGGAGAAUGUCAAAAUCUCACCAGUCUAGAAAUGGACAGAAACAGGAUUUCGGGUAGAAUCCCUGCCGAGCUCGGGAAGUUGACUCAGUUGCGAGUUUUAGACCUCGGGGCCAAUGACUUGACUGGAAAUAUUCCUUUGGAACUGGGAAAUCUGAGCUUGUUGUUCAACCUUAAUUUGAGGCAGAACCGACUCACCGGUAACAUCCCUCGGAUUGUUGGCAACUUGGCGAGGCUAGAGUUCCUUGAUCUAUCGGGAAACCAAUUGGUUGGUGAAAUACCGGUUGAACUUGAGAACUGCGAGAAACUGCUGAGCUUGAACUUGAGUCACAACAGUUUAUCUGGUGAAAUACCAAGUGAGCUUGGCAGCUUAUCUACAUUGCAGAUUUUGCUGGAUCUCAGCAGCAAUUCCCUCUCAGGCUUAAUCCCUCAAGAUUUCAGGAAGCUUGAACAAUUGGAGAACCUAAACGUUUCACACAAUGAUCUCUCAGGAAGGAUCCCUACUUCAUUGUCUUCCAUGGUCAGUCUCCAUUCGUAUGAUUUCUCGUACAAUGAGUUAACAGGACCAGUUCCGAGUGUCGGGGUAUUCCGAAACGCUUCUCCAAAUGCUUUUGUUGGAAACUCAGGCUUGUGUGGAGAUAUUGAUGGAUUAGCACCUUGCAGCUUAAGUUCCAUAAACAAAAGUUCCAACAACAGGAGGGUUCUUCUUAUAGCUAUCCUUGUUCCCAUCAGUGGCAUACUUCUUCUAGCAUUGAUUGCUGCUGUAGUGUUUGUACAUCGCCGCCAGCAAAACAGAAUGGUUGACGAAGAGAUUAAAGUCAGUAAAAGGACUGAGUUUUCCAAGUCUACCAUUUGGGAAAGAGAAGGAAAAUUUACAUUUGGUGACAUUGAAAUAGCCACCGAGGGGUUCAAUGAUAUGUACUGCAUUGGAAAAGGGGGAUUCGGAAGUGUUUACAGAGCAGAAUUGCCCUCAGGUCAAGUAGUUGCGGUUAAAAAGCUCAAUUUUUCGGACUCUGCCGAUAUUCAAAUGACGAAUUACAAGAGUUUCGAGAAUGAGAUUCAAAUGUUAACCGAAGUUAGGCACCGGAAUAUCAUAAAAUUGCACGGAUAUUGUGCUAGAGGAAGCGGCAUAUACUUAGUGUAUGAGUAUGUGAAAAGAGGUAGUUUGGGAAGUGUAUUGUAUGGAGCACAAAAGGGAGUGGAGCUAGGAUGGGAUACAAGGGUGAAAAUUGUGCAAGGAUUGGCCCAUGCAGUUGCUUACUUGCAUCACGAUUGCUCUUCUCCGAUCAUACACCGAGACAUUUCGUUGAACAACAUUCUGCUCGAAGAAGAAUAUGAGCCAAGACUCUCAGAUUUCGGAACCGCAAGGUUGUUGAAUCCCAACUCAUCGAACUGGACCACGGUUGCCGGCUCUUAUGGGUACAUGGCACCAGAGCUUGCACUCACAAUGCGGGUCACAAGUAAAUGCGAUGUUUACAGCUUCGGAGUGGUGGCAUUGGAGAUUAUGAUGGGGAAGCACCCAGGGGAGUUCUUGAAUUCCUUGUCAUCAGACAAUGAAGAUUUGCUUCUCAAGGAUUUGCUAGACCAACGGCUUCCACUUCCUAGUUACCAUAUAGCAGAGGAAGUUGCAGCGGUUUUCGCAAUAGGUUUAGCAUGCACACGGUCGAUGCCGGAGUCACGACCGACGAUGCGUUCCGUGGCACAAGAAUUGUCUACAAAAACACAGGCUUGGUUAGACGAGCCAUUGGGGAAAGUAACCAUCAGGCAGCUAUUAGAUUUGGGAGAUGGAACAAAGAAGAAACAAUAGCCAGGUUUCAUCUGGGGAGACAAAGGAAUGGUCUUUUUUUUUACCAGUUUUUCCUUGCAUUUUUGUUACAAAAGCAGAUAUUUUUGUUCCUUGUAUCAUGUUCUUAUUUUGUUACAGAAUGUAUGUAUUGUAUUGUCCAUUUGUACCCCCAUUUGUAUCUGUAUGGUCCACUGGCUUUGCUUCAUAUCCAUGCUUUCAACCUACCAAUUACCAAGU